AUUCUUAGCCAUAUUUUCCAUGAGUUGACCAGAUACUAAAAUCACAAUGGUCAAUCCCUCCUUGCCAUAUUUCCAUAAGCUGACCAGAGACUAAAAUCAGAAUACUUUUAGUGAAAAAUCUGUUGAAAAGCCCUUACCAAAAUCCCAAUUCUCGUCGGAGAUUUCUAAGUAAAACCCUAGAAGAAGCCAUAUAUAUUAAUAAUAUACAUUCAUCGGCCAUCGCUCGUGUGUCAUUCCCUCUGUCUUCCUUCUCUUCACUGUCAUCUGAGAUUUUAAUCCUCUCAUCUUUACCAGUGAUGGCAGUCGAAUCAAAUGCUCCAUUGGUUGAUCCACACAUUGUGGGGAAUGCGUUUGUUCAGAAAUACUACGUUCACUUAUACGAUUCACCAGCCGAAAUGCAUCGAUUCUAUCUUGAGGAUAGCGUUUUAGGGCGCCCUGGUUCCGAUGGAGAGAUGGUUUCUGUAAAGUCUUUGAAAGCUAUCAAUGACCAGAUCAUGUCAUUUGAUUACGUAAACUCAAAGAUUCAAAUUUUAACUGCUGAUUCCCAACCUUCGUACAAGAAUGGAGUUGUUACCUUGGUCACAGGCUUACUGACUGUAAAAGAUGGGAAAAGAAUGAGAUUUUCUCAAUCUUUUUUCCUUGUGCCGAAGAAAGGAAGCUACUUUGUGCUGAACGAUGUCUUUCGAUAUGUCUCUGACGAACCAGAACCUAACAAGGAAGUUGUCGAAGAGGCGAUCCCUCAAGUAGUCCAAACAACAGUCACUAACUUGGAACCGGCAAGUGAAGUUGCAGAGCCAGUUUCUACCACUACUCAAGAACACGUGGCGAAACAGACAACUGAAGUUGCGGUGAAGAAACCAGAAAGAGCUAUAGCUAAUGGACAUACGAGAGCCCCGGAGGAAAAAGCUGUGGAUGGUAUCAGCAACGGUGUGGAUGCUCCCAAGAAAUCCUUUGCAGUAGUUGUUCAAUCCCCGGCUCAAAAUGGUGCUACGUUCAAUGUCAAAGCUUCUCCUGCAAAGCCUAAGCCUGUUGGAAAGCCGAGUGCUGCUCUCGAAUCUAAAGCUCCUGCACCAGUUCCUGCACAUUCUCCUGCUGAAGCAAUCGACCAACCAGGUGAGGAUGGUUGCAUAUUUGUUGCAAACUUGCCUAUGGAUGCUACACCCGAGCAACUGAAUGAAAUAUUCAAAGGUUUCGGAGCUAUUAAGAAAGACGGUAUCCAAGUUAGAAGCUACAGGCUAAAGGGAAACUGUUUCGGUUUUGUGACAUAUGAAUCUGUUGAAGCUGUGAAGUUGGUCCUCGAGGCUCACAGAGAGUCAGCCAUCAGAAUCGGGAACCGAAGAGUUGCUAUAGAAGUAAAACGAGGCAACAAUGAGAACGGCAGAAUAUCAAUGCGAAACGGAGGUUAUGGGAGCGAGAAUGGUUACAGAAACGACGGGUUUAGGCCUCGUGGCAAUGGUGUUAGUGGUGGACGAGGCUAUGGAAGAAAUGGAAAUGAGAGACGGGGCGAAUCACGCAGCGGUGAGGCUAAUAAUGGUGAUGGCAAAGUUUAUCAGAACGGUACGGUGAAAGCUGGCCGUGAAAGUGCUCAAUCCAGAAGAUAAAAGAGUUAGACUUUUUUCCGUAUACUCUCUGAUGUUGUUGUUGUUAUUGUUCAUUUGAAAUUGAGAAUCUGAAGUUUUAUAGGAAGAGAAGAGAGUGAGAGAUCAAAGUUUUGUUGGAGUAGGUUUUAUCUCUUGAGUCUUAAGCGAUAAACCCUUCAUUCAUUUGAGUUUUUGUAUUGGAUUAUAACUUUUUUUUUUAUAUGAUCACUUCUCUCUUUUUGAAGCUUGA